CCUCCACCUUUGGCUCCUCCAUAAGUACCACCAAGCUGAGAAAAGUCUCUCAGGGCUUGUUAAGGACCAUGGAAGAGAACCCUCGUGUCCAGCGUAAGACAUCAGCUGUUGUGGAGUCUUUCAGCCAGGUACAGAAAUCCCCCCAGAUUCCAGAGGGAGAGUCUGUCCCAGAUUUCGAGGAGAAACUGCGCCCUAUCACUGCCCAAGAGGGUGACAAUGCGGUGUUCAAGGCCAAAGUGACAGGGAAUCCCCAGCCCAGUGUUAGCUGGGAACGAGCCAGUGGGUUCCCACUGUCGGAUGCGACUAACUCUUUCUACGACAUCAACAAUCAGCAUAUACUCAAGAUUAAAAAGCUGGCCCUGGAGGAUGCCGAUGUCUACAAGUGCAUUGCUUCCAACAAGCAUGGAGAAGCCACUUACUCAAUAUCCCUCAUCGUUACAGAGAACCCAGCGUUGGACUUCAAAAAGAUGCUGAAGAAACGCAGUGUAGAGAAGAAAGAAGAGAAGAAGCCGCCUACAGAGGAAGAAAUGUUAAAGAUCCUGUCUGGAGCUGACAAGAAGGACUACGAGAGGAUCUGCGCCGAGUACGGCUUCACUGACUUUAGAGGCAUCCUCAAGAAGCUGAAGGAGAUGAAGAAGAAAGAGGAGGUGGAGAUGGUGCGUGUGCUGAAGCCACUGGAGGAUAUCACCGCCAAAGCUGGCACCAACGUCAUCUUUGACACCAUCCUGGAACUGAAGGACCCAAACAUCAGAAUGCAGUGGUUUCUGGGUGCCGAACUGCUGCGCCUCCAAUACUCUCAUGGGAAAUACGAAGCGAAACAGAUGGGAACCAAGCACAUGCUGUGCAUUUCUAGCGUGAGCCUCAGUGACAUGGGCACCUACACCCUGCAGGUCGGAGACAAGAGACUGUCAGCCAGGCUUAGCGUCAUAGAUGAACCUCUGAAAUUCCUGUCUGACUUCAAGCCGAAGAAAGUGACAGAGCGCCAGACUGCCAUGUUUGAGAUCCGUCUCUCCAAGAAGACAGAUGCACCACUCAUCUGGAAGGUGAAGGGAAAGGAAGUAAAAAGAGAUGAAAAGUUCGACGUGUCCUUGUCUGAGGAUGGCCUGACCUACACCUUGAAGAUUAAGGAUGUGAAAGUCAGUGACACUGGAGACUACACCAUCAGCAUCGGAGACCUCACGGCCACUGUGCCACUUUUCAUUGAACGGAUUCCCAUCACGUUUACCAGCCACUUGAAGAACACCCAUGUACAGGAGAGAGGCAAGGCCCAUCUGGAAUGUGAGAUGAGCUCCAAGGAUGUGCACAUUCAGUGGCUGAAGGAUGGGUGUGAUAUUACAGCAAGCCGUCGCUACAUCUUCAUGCAUGAGGGAAGGAGGGCAGAGGUUAUCAUUGAGGACUGUGAGCUGACAGAUGAGGGAGAGUACUCAGUUGUCUGCACUCAGGACAAUGACCCACACAAAUAUGUCACUUCUGCCAAUCUGACCGUGGAUGAGCGUUUUGCUUCAGUGAAGAGUGGUUUGUCAGAUGCUCAGUGUCCCACAGGCUCUUCUACAGAGCUGUGUGUUGUUCUUGAUGAUGAGAAGGUGGAUGGAGUGUGGCUGAGGGAUGGAGUGGAGAUUUCAGAGCUGAGUGGGGUUCAGGUGGUCAAACAGGGAGCUGUCCACAAGCUGGUCUUUUCUGGCCUGACUGAAGCCCAUGAGGGCAAGUACACCUUCAAAGCAAAGGGAGCUGAGAGCGAGGCUGUGCUCACUGUUGCAGACCCUCCAGAGAUUGAUUCCUCUGUUCUGGACUUGUUGGGGGCCGAGCCUGUUACUGUGAAGGCAGGCCAGACAGCUACCAUAAAGAUUCCCUUCAAAGGGAAACCGCUUCCCAAGGUCACCUGGUACAAGGAUGGGGUAGAAGUCAUAGAGGAUGAGAGGACCAAGGUGGAGAGGACAGCCGAUGGCACCUCACUGGUGCUCAGCAGAUGUGUGCGAGAAGACAGUGGUGCAAUUAUGCUCCGUCUGAAGAGCGACUGUGGCACUGCUGUUGCCAACCUGCACCUUAACGUGAUUGACCACCCAAGGCCUCCUCAAGGGAAAGUAGAGUUCCUUGAGCUAUCAGGAAAGUGUAUCACGAUGAAGUGGAAGGCUCCCCGUGAUAACGGGGGUAACCAGGUAACCAGUUUUGUGAUUGAACGGCGCAAAGCAGAUAAGAAAUCCUGGACCAGGGUUGGCGAGGUGGACAGCAGCACCACCGUCUUCAGUGAUGACAAAGUGGAAGAGGGCCAGACAUAUCAGUAUCGCAUCAGAGCUGUCAAUGCAGAGGGAAUUAGUGAUCCUCUUGAGACAGAGGAGGUUUGCUCUGGAGAGCCCAUAGAGCCUCCAGGAACAGCCUCCCAGCCUCAAGUGUCUAAUAUUACUAAGAACACCAUGACCGUGAGCUGGGCACCUCCAUCCUAUGACGGAGGAGCCCCAGUUCUGGGCUACAUUCUGGAAAGGAGGAAAAAGGGCAGCAACAUGUGGGUGCAGGUCAAUAAAGAGCUGCUGACAGAUACAAAAUUCAUGGUGGAUGGGCUGGUGGAUGAUGUGGAGUAUGAGUUCCGAGUUACCAGUGAAAACAGGGCUGGAGCAGGCAGUCCUAGCACCAUUUCGAAUGCUGUGCUGGCCAAAGACCCAAUACGAGCCCCUAGCCUGGUGAGCAAACUGUGGGUGUCUGACUCCGCAAGCUCAUCCAUUUCUCUGAGCUGGACACCUCCAGAGCAAGGAGAUGAACCAUCAGGCUACAUCAUAGAGGUUCGCCCCGAAGAUGCUAAAGAGUGGAUGAAAGCCACUAAGCUCCCUGUCACUGGUACUGCCUUCACUGUUGGAGGACUUCAGGAGCGGAUGAAAUAUCACUUCCGUAUCCGGGCUGUCAAUGAAGGAGGGGUUGGGGGGCCCAUUGAGCUGUCAGAGGGUGUACUGGCCAUGCCUCCACCUGUGGCACCCAGGUUUGAUCUCCAGGGAAAGUUGAAGAACCAGAUGGUGAUCCGAGCUGGAACAACACUUUGCCUUGUCUUCAGCUUCACUGCCUCACCUCCCCCAGUGGUGACCUGGUUCAAGGAUGGGGUCCUCACUACAGGCAGAGAGGUCAUCACCCAGAGCAAGAGUCACUCCCAGCUCUUCAUUUCCUCCUCUCAGCGAUCUGACUCUGGUGUCUACCAUGUUAACCUGAAAAAUGAUUAUGGACAGGCUGAUUAUGAUGUGAAUGUCAGGGUUACAGACUUUCCUCGACCCCCAAAGAACCUCCGCCUGGAAGAGGAGGUCCCAGGGACCGUGACCCUGCAGUGGGAUCACACCCCAGAUCUGGCUGAUGAUGAUGAGGGAGCACAUUACAUCAUCCUCAAACGAGACACCAGUACGACAUCCUGGUUCACUGUGGCUGAGCGUGUCUUCAGCAGCAAGUAUACUGUCACUGGGCUGCUUCCUGGGAGGAAAUACUACUUCAGGGUCAUUGCACAAAACUCUACUGGGGACAGUGAUCCCUUGGACUCAAAGGAACCUCUCAUCAUUGCCAAGGACAAAGAGUGCAUCAGCAGCCUUAAGCUGAAGCAAUACGUCUCACCACCGCGCCAGGUGAAGCCUACUUUCCUGCUGCCACUGAAGGACCACGCUGUCUGCAGAGGAUAUGACUGCACCAUGAGCUGCGCCUAUCAGGGAAUGCCAACUCCGCAGGCCUGUUGGUAUAAAGGGGAAUCAAAGAUCUCCGACUCCCCUCGGUUCUGGCACAGCACAGCCAACGGAGUGUGCACGCUGGUCAUCCCUACCUGUGGAGCCCAAGAUAGUGGAAAAUAUACCCUGGUUUUGGAGAACCUACUGGGGAUGGCAAAAUGCUCCUGUAACCUGAUGGUAUUUGAUAAGGAUGACAAGAGUCUGUUGGACAACCUGGCCAGCCAGGCAAACAAAAAGAAGUUUAUUCUGUAAGGUCUGUUUGAAAUGUUGCUAUGCAGCUGCACUUUCAUUGGCUGCUGACCUUAGGUGUCACACAUACCAUUGCCACUUAGAAUAACCUCAAUCAAACUUAGCUAGGGUUACAUUUUGAGGACAUUGAACCUCUAUAAAUCAGAUUUUUUGUCUUAAAUUUCUGCUUUGAUUGAUUUUUUUUUUUUUAUUUGGUAAAAUUGUGUUUGUUCAUUUUUCAACCUGCUUUUAGUUUUCCUGGCACUGCUAAGUCAUCAAAUGUACACAAGAGGGCAGACCCUCCCCCAUAUUUGUGCAGAAACCCUGCUCCAGGAGCAAAUUUAGACUUUUUGUGUUUGGAGGGGUUUUUUACUCAUUAGUCAGAUCACUCACCCAGUGAGAUUGUCCUUUCUCUCCAAGUCACAAAUGCACUUCUCUCUAUAACAGAAUUUGACUUUCAUCCCCAGGUCUUCCUCCUAACUAGAAUAUUUUUGCUGUAACAGACCACAUGCCAUGUCAACCAAGUAGACUAAAUCAAGUAUGUCUGCGCAUAAAAUUCUAAACAAAAAUUAAACAUAAAGCACCAUAUAAACACAGCCAGGUUAAGUUGCUGGCUCCAAGGAUACCAUCCAUAUAAGAUGAGUUGUGUAGAUGCUGAAUCCUUUUUAGUUUACAGUGUUGCAAUCAGCUUGGUCCUUAGCAAAGGACAUAUGCUUAGUUUGAUUGAGGCCAGGUGAUCAACUUAUCAUGUCAAGUGUUUGACCCUUAAAGAAUUCACUAGCCUUGUCUGUAUGUUUAGAAUCACUCCUGCUGUGUUGUCUUAACAUUAGGUGAUUAUAUUUAAAAAGGCCAACAAUGUUUAUCGAGUAUGAUUUGAAUAGAUUUUACUUGAUCCUGUGAUAAUUCAAUUUGGAUGCAUUGUGUAGAAACCACACAAAAAAUGACCUACCGUAAUACUUUGCAGCUGCAUUGUGUGAUGGUUCCUCUCAGACUAAAGGGGACUAACAGCAUCUGUUUGCUGCUGCUUGAGAGAGUGAGUGUGGUCUGGUGAUGACCUGCCAAACUGACAAAAAGAGAUUACAACCCCUCUCUUUACUGAUGUCACUAUACUGGCUCCCACAGACUCCAUUUCUAUAGAGCCACCAAGAGACUGGCAGUGUCAGGUUGCCAGGUUCAGACCAAUUAAGCCCCAACAGGCACUAAACUGACGUCACUGACUCCUUCUGCCUCUUCACUUCUCAGCAAAGGCACAAUAAGGUGGAAGUGGUUUGGAGUGAAAGUCUGAAUAGUCAAUCUAGGUAUUUAACAGAAACUAAAGACUGCUGCACCAAAAAGGAACUUUUUCCUUAUGUUAUAUUGCAUUGCAUUGCAUUCAGACUACUUGAGAGGUACUGGAUGGAAACCUUUUUUCCAAUAUGCAGUAAAUUGCAGUUGAAAUUUCUGCAGUGUCUUACAUGUUUAUUCAUAGAUUCAACAUCAGCUUUUUAAUUUCUGUUAAAGUGUCUCUCUCCAGGCCUGUUUUAAUAAAGGCCAUUACAGAGGUGCCUCGUUUUCAUCGAAGACUGGAGUUCUUUUGAUGGCAAGACCUUGGCUGUGAAUGAAUGAGACACAUUUGGAGAGAACUGGCACGGUUCCUACAGGAACACAGUAUGAGAUGUGAAGCAUGUGUGUGAGUUUAAGAAAUAGGGGAGAUAGAGGAGCAGAUAUAACAAAUAAAGGCAAGAGGAAGACAGAAAUGGGAAGAGAGAGAGCUUCAGUGGAAGCAGUCUGGAUGAAUUUCCAUGGGGUUAAAGGCUGUUGAAAGCCAUUUUCUACCUCUGCCAGACAAUAGAGUGCCCUUUCUGCAUUAAUGGCUGCUGCUGAGGGCCAGUGGCUUCUGUGGAAACACAAAUCCCCAAACAGCUAUAAAUAUUAGCUAACACUUUAAAUUAAUACCUUUUGAUUCUAGGAAACAACAAAACAAACAAGAAAGACCAAAGGCUGUUAUGUUGAAGUUGCAUUGUAAUUGCAAUUAUUUCUUUCUGAAUUGCUAUUCACAUUCAUUGCAGUUUCACUACAGCAAAUAAACUAUUUUAUCUCUACAGUCAUUAAAGAAAUGAGUCACAAACUGAAAAUCAAGGACAACAAGCAAAGGUAUAUCAGAGAACAAAAAUAAGAAAAACUUCUGUUCAAAAAUGAAGUCAAAUGAUGCAUUAUAAUGGACCCGUUUGUGGAAAACAAACCCAGGUUUUCCAACAGUGACAGGCAACAAAAACAUUGUGGGGCUGCUUUUAUGCAAAUAAAAAGGAUAACACUUUUUAAAAAGUAUUUAUAUAUAAAGGUCUAUAACACUUCAAGAGCAAUUAAUGCCUUUUAAAGAACACUGCUGAUUCUCUCAAACCUUGAUGAGUCCCAUUCUCGUGUUUAAACCAUAAACAAUCAAAACAAAACUGUAAUUUGUGUUUUAUCUCUUAAGGAAAGAAACUGAAAGAGCAGAGCACACAAUCAUUUUGGUUUAAACACUAUAGCUGCAGAUUUUAAGGAGAGAUCAACUGGUCUUGGGUAUCGGUGCAGAAAAGUGCAGCACACAGUAGAUUCAGAUUAGUAUUACGAAGAGAAGAUGGGAUUAUUUCACUUUUCGUACUCUCACUGAUGUUGGACAACUGUCAGUCGCAGUACAAAAACACUUGGAUGUGUAGCGUGCACUUUUCCAUCACCACAGAUGGCGAUCAAUCAAUACACUGAUGAUGAGGAUUCACUUCAACCUACUUGUCAUGCAUAAGAUAUACAAACAUUACAGCUCUAUGUUUUGAAUGUCAUCACCUGCAUAAUAACGGGCACAGCACAACAAAAAAAAACAACAACAACAGUAAAGAGAAAGAGAGAAAAAACCUUCAAUCAAAGAAAAGUGCCAACUUAUUCAGAGGACCAAGUGAAACCACAGGCCCUCUACUACAACAGCUAUUGGUUCCAGCUCAUUACUCACAGCGUAGGCUAUACCAGGCUGGCCUCCCACAUUCCCUUUUGUCUGCAUACACAAAGCUGUGAACCAAAGGCUGCUGACAGGCUGAGGUAAAGUGAUGCACCUGCUAGCCUGCCAUCUGUGGGGGGACAGGGCAGCUAAUGGGCCAGAUGGAAAGGGAGUCCUGCCCCAUGUGUCAUAUUACACCUCCUCACCUAAAUUCAGCUACAGUAUCAUUCAACAAUAACCUUCCUAAGUGGAAGGCCAAAGCCCUCCUGUAUCAUCAAGAGUGACCGUCUGUCUCCUGCAGGACAAAAGUCUGAUACACGAGAGGGCUCUAAUGCAAACAAGAUCCACACAGUGAAACAAGGUCAGUUUUCUGUUAGGCUUUCAGCUUUGGUUAUCUGUGUCCAGUCAAAUAACAACAGAAACAAAGAAGAAACAGAAUGCCUACUAACUGUCAGCUUUCUGACUCACAUGGUAUUUUAGCUUAUUCUUUGCUUUGCAGGAUACCACUCGUAUAUCAGAAAAUCAAUUUCCAAAGUGUGGGCUGGCCCAUGCAAACAAUCUCAGAAAUACUUCAAAGUAAAGCCUGUCUUCUGGCGUGUAGCCAUUAGACCACAGGAACAAAAGCCAGGCUUUAUGUGGCAGAGGACAAAGAAAAUAGUGCUUACUGUACAUUAAUUGCUCACGUUAAUGAUGAGUAUGACUGCUUCACUCAACCUCAUCAACCGCUCAUGGUUUGACUUUAGGCUGAACACCACAGUCAGUCAGUCACGUUAACCAGCAUCUCUCCUCCACUGAACCCUGAUUUAAGACAGAAUCAGCAGACAAAUGCAUGUCUGCUGGCAAGCCUCUGUAGAUGUCAUUCAUCUCACAGGCUGUUGAUUGAACAAGUUCUGCUGGUGAGCUGGAUGAGAUGAGAAGAGAGAGAGAGAGAGAGAGAGUACUACAGGGUGGGACUUUCAAUGCUAGGACAAAUUAAAACAUGCAACAGAAGACAAGUGGUCACCCAGAUGGACUGAUGAAACACUUCUGACUGACAAAGCAGAAAUAUCUUGCUGACAGGCUCAAAGGGAGAUUGAGGAACAAAGCAGCAGACAAGAAUAGCUGCUUGAUAUGAGUGCCUCUCCAGGUCAGACUAAGACUGUGUGUUACUGUUGUUGGAAAAAAAACAAAAAAAAACAAACUUGCCAUGUCACCACCAUGGUCUGCCUGCAGAUCUGUCAUGGUGGCUGAUGUGAAGCAUAAACACAUUUUGAUGCGUUUGCACUUUUUUGUGCGUAUCUGGGUGUAUUACCGACAGCUCCAGGGGUCACUGACCCAGUAGAAGAGAUAUAUCACACCGGGGUUUCUUUUCUGUUUUAUAUACACAACACAAUAUGUCAUAUGUAGGUGUACUUGGAUUGAACAGAGAGGGUGUCAUUUUGCUAGUUUCGAUUAGUGAUCAAUACUUUCAAAUGGUGAACAUUUUGUAAUAACCUAAAUUUUCUUUCCAAUAUAUGUGUUAGUUGUAUUAAUCAUCAAGCAAGUCAUAUAUACUUAGAGGAAGGGUACAGUCAAGUGCUCAACUGUGGAAGUGCUCUCUAUUUAGGUAAAAUGAAACACUAAGAAAAAAUAUCCCCCAGUUUGAAUCUACCCAAUCACAUACUAACUUAAGAUCAUCCUUAAAUGACAACACAUAGGUGGGGAUUCAGGGGAUGCUGUAAAAAAAACAAAGAUGUAACCAAUCUAAAGAGGUGAUGGGUAUGAAGACAGGUUUAAGAGCCUUGUGAGAAUACAUUAAUGUUACCCAGUAGUAUGUCUGCUCCAUAUAAACUAUGAUGGUUCACAGCAUUUCUGGCUUUGAGUUAGUUUUGAUUGGUCACAAGUACAGAGACAUUUGCUCAACAGCUAAGACCCACGCUCUCACACAAGCAUAUACAUUAUGUAGACAUCUGGAGUUACAGUAUACUUCUUAAAUAUUCAUUAAGACGCUUCAUUCUAACUUAAAAUGUUUGCAGUGGGUGAAACAAA